GGGCGUUAUUAUCGUGGGCAUGGGGUUAUUCGGCCCCACUUCCCCGCCUCGGAAGAGGCAGCGUUGUGCUUCGCAAGCGUGUUUGCUAGUGGUGACACAUUCUGCACUUACCUGAAACAUCUCAGGUGGGCGCACCGUUUUCAUCGCUUGCCAAAUGACUGGGCACCAGCGCGCUGUAGCAGGUCCGGCGCGGAGCGCGGGAGGCUGCCCCAUCACCCAAGCCACGCUUGGCUGCGCAGGCGCCCUGCGCGAGGAUGCUUAUCCGCGCAGCCGAGGAAGAGGGAGAUAUCGAGCAGGCCGCGCUGAUCGCUGUGAGUCGCCUGCUCUUGCUGAGGGCGCCGUCAGAGGCCAUCCCUCUCCAGAUCCACGGUGGGCGCUCUGCGGUCUCCUGCGCUGCCGGGGAAGUGGUGGUUGUGUUAAACAAGCGCAAACACCUUCGUGCGCCCACCACGCUCCGUCGAAUGUGCUGCCGCGCUUCUUCGGGGCGCUUGCUGUGCGCCUACCAGUGGAUGAAGAAGGCACUGGCCGUGGCUGCAACGGAAAAGAGAAAAUCGAUGUUCACCAAGACCCGAGGUCAGUUCGUGAAUGACUUCCGAAGGCACGCCACUGCAGCGGGCAUCCCAGACGGCGGUUCAUUGGGCACCCAUUGCCUUCGGAGGGGGGUGGCGAGAGAUAUUCUGGACGCUGGGGGAAGCCUGUCCGUGCUCCUUCUUGCGGGCGACUGGCGGAGCGCAGCUUUCGUGCGAUACUUGCGCACGAGCCAGUUAGAAGACGCAGCGAAUUCGCGGUUAGUGAUUGACCAUUCCGACUCGGAGUGAGGGCAGGAGUAAAUAUGC